AUGACGUCGUCACAGAAUCCAUUGCAGGGCCUCGUUCUGACUCCGCAGCAACAGAGCCUGCUGUUCGCCGCGCUCAAUUCCAAUCGUCCGAGUGACGCUGCGCAGCCCACCAAUGGCUUCAAUAUGUCGCCGGUCCGGUUUAAUGGUUCACCCAUCCAAGCCGACGGUCUGUCGAGCUUUCAGAACAGCCCAGACCUUGAUUAUGAAUAUGACUUUGCCGGAGCCGAUUCCAGUUUUGAUUACUACGACGAUGCCGGUCAGGCCAAAAUGAUCGGUGAUCUACCUGGCGCGAAGAGGGCGCUCAAGUCGGAGUCCGGCGAUGCUGAGUCGCCGGAGAAGAGAAGUCAUCCUGAUGACGAAGAAGAAGAGGGUCCAGGAGCCAAGCGGCGGGACAGCGAGGAGAAGAUGGCAAAGAAGCCAGGCAGGAAAACCUCUCACUACAGAACCGACCUCGCCCAGAAUCGGAGCAGCGCAGCGGGCGUUUCAGGGAGCGCAAAGAGAAAACACCUGAAAGAUUCUAGAAACACAAAGUCCAGGAAGUUGGAGAAGUUGUCCGAGGACGCGAACAAUGAGAAAGAGGCACUCCGUGCCCAAGUUGACAAAAUGACGGUCGAGUUGAAUGAGUACAAGAAGCGAUUGUCGAUGCUCUCAGGCGGUCGACACCAUCCCGCAAGGCCCUGCCUCGAGCCUUUGGCAGGCAGCGCGGACCACCGGAGCCCUAGCGAACACUCGCAGAAUGGGGUCAGCCCGGGGGAUUCGAGCAGUUACAGCCAGGUCGGUCUGGACUCUCAAUCCAAGCAGGACCUGGCGGCUCUCUCCUCGGGGCUCUUCACGCCGCCUCUCAACAACGGCCAAGGCACAAACGGGUCGUCGGUCAGCCUCGACUCACACUACAAUAUGGGUGGUCCCACGACGACAAGUUCGCCCUCUGCGUCCUCAAACUCUAACAUGGGCGGCCCGAAUUCUUCUUGUGGAACGUCACCCGAAUCAUUUGCCCAAUCACCAAUGGGCUUCAAGCCUCUCGACACCUUGAGUCUCGGUCAUUUUGCCAAUACAGGCAUUGAAGACUUCACGCAAUGGCUUCCCCAGAACGACUUCCAGUUUGAUCCGGAACUAUUCGGCGGCUACCGUGACCCUCAAGAGAACGUUCUGUCGCAGGGCUUUGACGAGGGCUUCUUCAACGACGCAGUGGAUAUGGAUUUUCUCACACCAUACAACUUACCGAUUCCAAGCCCAGUACCACCCAAGAAGGACCUCAUCUCUCAGAUCGAUGCUGCAAAAGAUGCCGACGAAUCCACAGCGGAUCUGGUACUCAAAUGCAACGAAGUCUGGGAGAAAAUACAGAACUGCCCCAAGGCAAAGGGCGGCGAUUUCGACCUGGACGGUCUUUGCGCCGACUUGCAGAAGAAGGCCAAAUGCGACGGUACCGGUCCCGUGGUCAGUGAGAAGGACUUCCAGUACGCCAUCAAGAAAUACAUAUGCAAGGAGAAACAGGAGGCGGCCAAUAUCGACGCCUACGCCAAAACGCAGGCACAAUCCUAA